AUGGUCUUGAAAAACGAUGAUAGUCCGUUAGAAGAGGACGAUAAAUGGCCGACUCGUAUUAAGAGAGAUAAUCCAAUGACAGAGUUUCGCUGUUUUUAUUGUACAAAUGUACGGUCAAGAGAUUUUGCAGAACUGGUAGAUCAUUGCAUAAUUCGUCAUGAUUCAGAAGAAUUAAAGUUGAAAGUGGCAACACGUGUUUCAUCAUCUACUACAAAUGUCCGAACUAAAAACUUCAAGGUAAUACCUGCUGAAAUUAAGAAGGACAAUAAAUUCAUAAUUCCCCAAUGUGAAUCAUACACACUUAAUAUAUGUAACAUUUCUUCGGAACUGUUGUCACCUGUAAAGAAGAAAUGUGGAACAGAAUCUGAACAGAAUGACUCUGAAAGCAUAUCAUUAACACAAAAACUUAGUUCUGUUUCAAUUAAAGAUAACAGCCAUAUUCUCGUAAAUAGCAGUAACGAUUCCGCCAAUGAUCAUGAAAGUAUGGUUACGAGUUCGAAAAUGUCAACAAGGCAUACACAGACUGAAGAUUCGGCUGUCAUAAAUCUAAAUGAGACAAACACAAAUGAUCAAGUGUUAUUAAAAGAAAUUUUACAGUUAGUUCCUACAGUACUUGAAAAUUUGAAAAGUUGCAAUAAACAAGAUAUGUAUGUGAAGUUCCAUACAUUGAUAAACGAGAACAAGCUUCCUAUGAAUAACAUUGCUUUCCUGCUUUUCUCAGACGUCGUUGAAUGGUUCUCAAAAAGUAACACACAUGCAAUGAGAUAUUCACAAGAUGUUAAACAGUUCUGGAAAGUUGGACAUGAACUUUUUAAAGGAAAAUUUCUCCGUUUUAUGGCAGGAUGGAAAAACCAAGGUCAGGAAGCCAAAGGUCAUACAAAGCCAGAAGAAUCGGUUAUCAACUUCGCAGUUCCAGAUAGAAAAUAUCUAGACAGCACCGAGUUGUCACAUAAACUAAAAAACAUACAGCCUGGAAUAUUGGACGAAAUGAUCGAGUUGAUUUAUGAUGAUAGCUGCUGUCUUUCUAAGACAUUUAAACUAUGCGUAGAUGGAAAGAAAAUAAACCAUGGCGCACAAAAUCAAGUAUACGGCGAUGUUAAUCUUUGGGGAUACGAAGGUCCACCAACUCUUCAGGAUUGUAAAGACAAACUCAGCAUAGACAAGAAGCUUGUAGAAGACUUCACUGAAAUAUUAAACAAGAUUGAAAAAAGAGAUAUUUAUGAUUUGAAUCAUACACCAGAACACCUGAAAAAUGAUAUUUCAAGAGUAGCAAAACAAAUUAUCUGUAGUUUAAGUCAAAGACUGCGAAAAUUGCGAACAGUGAAACAGUCGAAGGUGAUUGCUCUAGAAAAGCUAAAGGUUACGUGUAUCAAUGAUGCUAUGAAAGCAAAAUAUUCCUAUGCCCUCAGUGCAAUAAAAACUUUCAUAUUUAAGCUAGACUUAUGCAUAAGUAGACUAUUGAGAGUAAUUGAUUCGAUAGGCCACGCAACUUCCGUCUGUAAUGGUGUUCAAACAUUUUAUAACAAAGGAGACGCUUGCAAUUUAUCAAUUCAGCAGAAUUACGUCUGUUUGACAGGUUUGAAAGUCGAAGGGGAUAUCCAAAACUUAAACACGUCACUCAUUAAACAAAGAUCAGAUGAAUGGCAUUCUAUUAGGAAAACCGCUAAAGUAACCGGAAGUACCGCUCACCAAGCACUAGGAUUGUCAGGACUUAAGAAAUUACAAGAACAUUUUGAAUACGUCUUUCAUCAAAAAGACAGACCAGAUUUUUCGGAGGAUGCCCAAAAGAGAAUGAAAUAUGGAACUGACAAUGAAAUUAAUGCCAUAGGCACUCUUGUUUCUAAGAUAUUGCCAAUCUUUUAUCCGAACUUAUCAUUUGUGGAGGAGGGUUGUGAGGUAGUAUGUGACAAAGAUGAAACAUUUCUCAUUGUCAGUCCAGAUGGUAGUGCUAGAUACUUUAAUUCAGAAAACUACAAGCCAUGUGAUGCAGUUGAUCUUGCUAUAGAAAUCAAGUGUCCCUAUCCAAAUAAACUGUAUACAACUCCAGUUUAUUACAAGAUGCCUUGGUAUUACGUGAUACAGGUUUUAUCUGAAAUGUAUGUAUUGAAUGCAAGUAGCUUGCUAUUCCUAUGCUACAGUACCGAUAGUACAACCGUCUGUGUUGCAAACUUUGACGAAGAGCUGUGGAAUGAAAUACUGGCAAAACUAAAAACAAUAUACGGUACUGAGAAGCCAGUAAUGCCAAAAAAACUACCAGAUGAACUAAAGUCAAUAAAAGAAAAAAUCAAAACCUACUGUGACAAUAAAGUACAGUUUCUAGCUGAAAUCCCAUCUUGUCAAGUAAAUAGAGAAUGUAAACACGAACAUUCAUCAGUGGAAAGUGAGAAGAUAGGUCGGAAUUAUCAUACAAGUUGUUCAGAUUCAGUAAAACCUCAGACCAAACAUGAUGUUACAACUUUACAGAUGACAACGAUUGAAAUCAACAGUUGUUUAGGCCAAGCGUACUCGCUUGAAAGGCACCUUGCUAGCGAAGUACUUAUAUUUCUUAUUUCAGAUUUAGAUCGAAUUCACGAGAGAGAGAAGCAACACUCAACCCCUGUCGGUUUCAGCAUGAAGGGUUACAGUUUAACCUCAUCUGUAAUGCGAAAGAUGAUCGAUGAUACUUUGCAAAGAUGUUACCUUAAUGGCUUAUAUACGCCUGUUGUCUCGUUUGAUGGACAGUGGUCCCAGUUGGCAGUUAGAUCGAGUAAUGGGCACCCACUCACCAUUCUUCAGUUACAGAAAGACGUUUUUAGAGAAUCGAAAAAAAUGAGUAAAUCAGAAAUUGUUCGCAGCAUAAAAAACACUAACAUAGUCAAAGCCAAAUCUUUAAAUGAACUGAUAGAUCAGACCUUAGUUGAACAAAAAUUCCGAAAGAACGAGGAACAUAAUAAUUUUUAUUCUCUCAUAGUUUCACAGAACAACCGACAAGACUCAAGGUUAUACAAAACAUCUCCAAACGUUUUGACAUUUCUUAGAUCGAAAAUCUCAUUAAAUGAAGAAUCAACUGAAGUAGAAGAGGAAGAAGCUACUUCGAAAACUGUACUAGAUGCGCUGCCACCACAGAUUGCGGAAACAGUUGAUGAAAACAUGAUAUCUGAAAUAGACAGUGUUUGUACAAAUUCAAAACUAGACACUUGUACUCACAUUUCAUUAGAUAUGACAGACUCGUUAAAUGAUAUAUUUGAAGAUAAUUUAUCAGAAAAAAUAACAGAAUCAAUGGAAGUUGAUGUUUCUGAUCCGAUAGAUACGUCUGCUACAUCUACAGAGCUGAACGACAGUCCUAUGAGUUUUCUAACAGCUUCCGACUUUGAAAGAAUGUUGUCAGCUUUAGUCUUAGACAAAAAAGUGAGUGCUAUAAAGUGGCAAAGUUUGAAGGUUGAAAACUUUGCAAACUAUUUUGAAUUACACGAUGGAAUAGGCAAGAAAUUCACGAGGCAUGAGUUACAAAUUUGUGUGAGAACCAUAUCACAAAAACUGAAGACUGAAAGUAUCCAAUUUACCUUGUCAUGGCCGAAAGCUAAAUUGAUAGAAUUGCUUUUUCAAUGUGUUUCUUCUCCAUUGUCUCUCCAAAAAAAGUUGUUAGGAAAGAAAAAAGAAAAAAAGAUGCUUUCACUAAAGAAGAUGUGUAUAAUAGAAAUCGACAAAUUUCCAAAGCAUAUUCUAAACAUUAUUUAUGCCGAACAUAUUUUUCCUGGUAGAUUUAAUGACUGGCAACAACACUCUCCAUUUGCCAAGAAAACUCUAAUUUCAGGAAUUGAACAAGCCGUGACAUGGUAUUCAAUGCCUGAAUACAUUCCAGAACGAUACAUGUAUCAGUUCAAUCUUCUUGACUGUCAUCACUUGUUUGUUAAUGCAAGAGUGAAGUGCUGUAGUACUGGAAUAGACGCGUGUGGGAUAAAAAAAGAAGCUUGGAUCAAAGUUGCGAAAAAUAGCAAUGUCAAUGGUUGUGGCCUUAGCCUAGCAUUAGUCGAGGAUUUAGUUGACAAACAGAGCAAUGGAUUCGCGCAAAAAACUUUUUCUGAAGACGUAGAAAAGGCUUUGCAUUCAAAUGGGGAUUUUAAUGAAGCCCUUUUCUGUCGACUGAUAAGAGAGUGGUAUGCGGCUGAAGAUGACCCAGGAAUUGAUGUUAUAGAUAGAAUUAAACGCAGACUCCGCUUUAGAGAUUGGCUUUUGAAGGACAUUAACUUCAUGCAGUUUCCACCCCCUGGAUUGCAUGUGAAAGGAAUACCACAUAUAAUGUUUGAGGGUUUAUUAACAAAUAUAGAACGCCGAAUUCAGAUCAUUCCAUUUGUUAAGUCGGGAAGUUAUAACUCACGAGCAUUGGGUAGUUUAGAAGCUGAGAACUUUUUUGGGGCGUUCCAAGACUUAGACCAUAAAGGUAGUGGUAUUAUUAGACCAGAUGAUGUACCAGCAGCAAUAAGAACAGCAUGUGACCUGAUUGGUACAAGACUUGAUCCCAAUAGGAAAUUUGCCAUGCACACCAGUCGAGCCAAGGUUUACCCUGUACAUGAGUUAGAAAAGCAGCAAAACACAAGUUUGAAUAUACCUUACAUAACACCAACAUACGUAGACUCAAUCGUUCCAAGAAAUCACACAUUUGAUUCACCGGAAAGGGGAAAACGAUCCUAUGGAAAGCGGAAACGGGGAGAAAUAAGUGACCCGUCCAUGUCAAGUAGAGGUGCAAGACCAAUAAGACAGCAUCAUCGUUGUGAUGAGUCCAAAAUAUUACCUCAUGUAAGAAUGGGAUUGAACAUAACUGAAAAUGAAAUCACAACUUAA